GUUCGAAUCCCAUUACUCACUUUUUUUUUUUUUUUUUUUCUUUUUGGUUUCUACAUUGCUGUUUAUCACGAACAGUUUUCCACUUUUCCCCCAAAUUCUAAAACCCUAACUCCCCUAAACUCCUACUCCCCUAAAUCUCGCCAAUCGCCGCCCGCCGGCCACCUUUUAGUCCGUGACGCAUUCCGCCUUUAGUCGUCCUUCACCGUCCACCUUCGUUCAAUCAAUCAGUUCGUGACGCUUCAGUCCUUCAACAUACCGCAAUCGCAUACGGCACUUCGAUCAAUCGGCUCACGGCGGCACGGCCUCUACCAGUCGACCUGGUGUCUGUUUCGAACCCACACUUCGCAAAUCCUGGAGACGCCACUGCCUACCCCCAUUUCCAUUGAUGCGCGAACUCUAAAUUCUCCAUUGAAGCAGCUUCUGAGCUUUUCUCUUCCAUUGAAGCAGCUUCUAAGUUGUUGUUUCAGCUUUGACUGAAAAUGGGUACAGAACAAAAGGCAGAAGGCACUGAACAAACCGAUGGUGGCAAUCCAGCAGUUGGCAUUGUGAGAAAAGUCGAAGCAAAGUAUCAUGAGCUGAGGAAGCAUGCAGAAACUUACCCUUAUGUGUGGGGAUCAUAUGCAGUUGUCUAUGGUGGAUUUGGGCUUUGGUUUGCAUACAGAUGGAGGAGGCUCCGGAAGACUGAGGAUAGAGUCCGAGUCCUUCAAGAGCGUUUACGUCAACUUGCUCAAGCUGAGGAGUCUGGUAGUACCAGUUCUUCUGCAUCCGCUAAAGUGGAUAAACUAGUCGAGGAGUCUGCUAGUACCAGUCCUUCUACACACACUACGGUAGAUAAAUCAGUUAAGGAGUCUGCUGGUACGAGUUUUAGUGCAUCCACUCAAGUGGAUAAGCCACCCCAAUAAGCAUUGGGUUGCCUUAUCAUCUGCUAGCGGAGUAAUUUUGGGGCUUGAAUCUAUCUCCAUAGAUAUGCCUUGGCUGAAUUAGGAGGGAAAGAAGACAAUUUUUUUUUUGGAUGAGUAUUAGAUUUAUUUAUGCAACUUAUAGAUAGUUUGUAAACACAGGUCCAAAUCUCAACUUAUAUGACAUUUUUGCCGAACACUUGGAAUGUCGAAUGGCUGUAUAGCUCACCAAUAAUUUGCUCGGUGACUGCCAGGUUUGCUAGUAGUUAACACGAAUGAUUGGAUUGAUUUUGGCA